GGACAAGUCACGUGAUCGAUUCCUCUUCACCUGCAGCACCAGUGGCGGAAGACAGGUGAAACUGUCGAGACCAGAUAGCUCUUUGAGGAAAAACUGUUUUUAAUCCUGCCAGUGAGACGAUGUUACUAUUGUACUGAGUUCACACUGCUGCUAGGACCAUCCCCAUGUCAUUUGGAAACGGGUCAGCAUCCCGCUUUGAUCGGGUCCGAGAUAUGCCUCACUACGAUCAGGUGCCCAUCGGCUCAAUGCCGUGGGGUCAGCAACCUCCUUACGCUCUUGGUGGUGUAGCAGCAGCAUCCAGUUAUGAGAGUUUACCACCUCCUCCGCUGCCUGAAAAUCCCCCUGUUGGACCAGAAUUCUACCCGAGUGACGUUGAAGACCAAGUGGAUGAUGCCAUGGACAUCAAACCCAUCCGACGCUUCAUUCCUGACUCUGUGAAAAACUUCUUCAGGGCCAGUGGCAACCGAGGGAGCAAGAAAUUGACUUUUCCUCCACCACCACCACCAAUUGAUGGAAACACCACCAGCCAAGGUGUCCCGUGUUCCCCUCCACACUCUCGGGCACCAUCGCCAACAGCGCCCAGCUCUUACCUGGACCCUUAUGGAGGAUCUGGAGGCAGCUACACUUCAAUGAAGGAGCAGGCAAUGUUAUUAGGGGAGCCACUGGAAUCAGUUUCUGGGCGUUCUUUGCAGACGGCUAUGACUUACAGUGAGAAGGUGGAAGAUUACAAUCAGCGCUAUGCCUACAUGAAGUCCUGGGCCGGACUCUUGCGUAUUUUAGGAUGCAUGGAGUUGCUUUUGGGUGCUGCUGUUUUUGCCUGCGUCUGUGCAUAUGUUCACAAGGAUAAUGAGUGGUUCAAUAUGUUUGGUUACUCAAUGCAUCAGGUGUAUGGAGGAAUGUAUGGGGGAGCAACAAUGGGUGGGAUGUAUGGAGGAUCUGGGUCUACAUACUCAGGACCUUUAACUCCCUUUGUCCUUGUGGUUGCUGGAGUGGCUUGGAUAGUGACUGUCAUUAUAUUAAUCUUGGGAAUAACCAUGUAUUAUCGUACCAUUUUACUCGACUCCAACUGGUGGCCAAUCACAGAGUGUGUGGUAAAUGUGGCAUUAGGAUUGCUCUACUUGGCAGCUGCAAUUGUGUAUGUGCGGGACACACUUCGUGGAGGGCUCUGCUAUUAUCCACAGUUCAAUGCUGGGCCCAACAAAGGGUUUUGUCGAACAGAGGCUGGACAGAACGCUGCCAUAAUUUUUCUCUUUGUAAACAUGCUGUUGUAUCUUGUGGGAGCCAUCGUCUGUCUAAAGAUGUGGAGACAUGAAGCUGCAAGGAUGCGCAGAGAGAGACUGGAACAAGAUAUGAAGUCAGACGGGCUUCCACUCAAUAUGAUUGGUGCCGGCUCAAGUGUCUCAGUGCCCAUCCAAAGUGCUCCAAAAAUUACCAAGCCAGAGACUUUUGAUGGCAUGCCUGAUCAUCCAGCUAUGAUGGAACCGGAGAUUUUGAGGGGUCACAUCCCUGCUGGCCACAUCCCCAAACCUUUGGUCAUUGCAGAUUAUGUGGCGAAAUAUCCGACGAUCCGCACUGAUGAGGAGAAGGAGCGCUACAAAGCUGUGUUUAAUGAUCAAUAUGCAGAGUAUAAAGAACUGCACGCCGAGGUUCAGGUUUUAACACAGAAGUUUGAGGAAAUGGAUAAUCUGAUGAGGAAUUUACCACAACGACCUUCAAGCCAGAUGGAGCAAGAGAGAAUCAGUAGCAUUGUUCAAGAGUAUAACAGAAAAAAGGCUGACCCAACUUACCAGGAAAAAAGGGAGAGAUGUGAAUACCUGAAAAACAAACUUGCUCACAUAAAGCAGAAAAUUCAGGAGUACGACAAAGUCAUGGACUGGAAUGAUGGUUACAGCUAGAUGGAACCCUAAUAUACUUUAAGAUUCAUGUUAAACUUCACAGAUGUACCAAAAAGAAGUGGCUUUCUGCUGAAAGUUUUUACGUGUUUGGCUUGGGCUUUGUUGGUAGCAAAAUAAUGUCAUAUUAAAUGCAGCAGAUAAUGAAGAACAACCUAAAGCCUCAAACUUAAACUUUUAACAGCCAAAUAAAUGUUGCUUACUAAAGUACUGAUGUGUCACAUUGAGCAACAUUUUAAGUUCAAGUUUUUAGUUUUUAAUCACACA